UAGACCGUGUAACAACAACUCAACAAGUCCAACUCUUAUCCUUCUUACUACCCGCCAUGCGGGUGCCUCAGCUAACAAACAUCUGCACCAUGUCAGCUGAUCGAGCGAGGGCAAGUUAAAGAGAAUCAAUCCUUUGUUUAGCCAUUCUCGUUCUUUUGACUCACAACGACCUAAACCCUAUUUCACCUAUCACACCAGUGGCCUAAAUCCACGUGAGACCCUGUUUCUUCUCCAUUGCUUUAGAUGCUCCUCAUAGUUAAUUUCCGAAUGUUUUUUCACCCGAUAAAAUCGGAAAACAAUCACUCUCAUCUCUAGUUUUAUUAUCGUUUCUAUACAAUCAACUAAGAUUUUUGUUCACGGUCCCGGUUCAGUUACAUGAGGCAUUCCCAAUACUGUUUUGAGACUGUACGGCAAGAAAUUUCCCUUAAUUUUCACACAUAUCUAUUAUUUGCUUCACGUCACAGUGAGUUGACUGUGCAUCGUAUGUAAUGUACAUAUAUAUUCUGUUCAUUGACAUCAAUUAUAAUUGGAUUUCAGGAAAGUCGGCUGUAAUAAUCUACUGACACAAACUUACCGCAUUUGAGGCUUGCUGAUCAUCUCCACAGCCCUAUCAUUGUGUUGUCUGUUAUCAUUCAGUAGGAUUGUUUUGUAAAAAUAAGAAAAUGAUAAUCUAGAUGCCCCAUUUGUGUAAUUGGUAACUGAUGCUACAAUUAAUAUUCAUAUCAGAAAUUUUGGCUGAAAUAUAUUGACCUGAUUUGGAUUCUGUCCUCCAUCAUCACUUCUUUCAAUUUGAUUGGUCUGCUAUAUCUAAAUGCAGAGUUCUUAGGUUUUAUAUUUUCAUAUCCAAAAGACUUUUGACAUCUUUACCUUGCAUUGCUUGGUUGUGUGAACUCCAAGAAGUUCAUUUUGCUGAAAGAUGGAGAGCUUGGCACACCUUGAAGCAAUGUGCGAGAGGCUUUACAACUCGCAGGAUUCUGCUGAACGAGCACACGCGGAGAAUACUCUCAAAUGCUUCUCAAUAAGCAGUAGCUACAUCUCACAGUGCCAAUACAUUUUAGACAAUGCAUCGUCACCUUAUGCACUUAUUAUGGCUAGUUCAAGCCUGUUGAAGCAAGUGACAGAUUGCAACCUAUCUGUGCAGCUUCGGUUUGAUAUUCGUAAUGUUCUUAUUAACAUGCAGUUACUCAAGUUUGAAUUUAUAGGUCAUUGAGAUUUUGCUUUUUUCUUCAUGUGCAAUUGACAUCCUCUGCAAUCUGCAUGGUUCUCUAGAAUUUGAGCUAUUCACUCUCAAAUUGGAUGAAUCAUAAGGGUUCUAUACCAUCACAUGCUCUACAUCAUGUUGGCGUCAGAGGAAAUAAGUUUUUCAUUUCAUUUAGUGCAUGAACUAUAUUUCCAUACUUAGCAAGGGUAAUUCACUGAAAUUAGACACCUAUUGAGUAGUUGGGUGGCUACCGUUGGAAAGUGGGAGGGGGGAGAUAUAUUCGAAAGACAACGUGAAACUAUUUACUGAUUUACAGCACAUCUUUGGAAGUACUAUGCACUUUUAUCCCACACUUUUUUGCUAACUUAUAUAGCUUAUAUAGCUCUGGCCUUUGAUUUAUUUUAUUAAUAUAUUUAUAUUGGUUCUGUGGUAUCAACACAUUUUGGUGUGUUGUUAAUUGAGUGUUGUUUUGCUAAUGUUUACUCCUUAUGAAGGAAACUAUACUAUAAACUACCUGGCCACAAGAGGACCUGAUUUGGAGUCUUUUGUAACUACAUCAUUAAUUCAACUUGUUUGCCGGGUUACAAAGUAUGGGUGGUUUGAAGAUGACAGUUUCAGAGAUGUGGUUAAGGAGUCAACAAACUUCUUAAAUCAGACACCAUUACAUUAUGCCAUUGGUUUGAAGAUACUGAAUCAACUGAUAUCUGAGAUGAAUCAGCCAAGUUCUGGGUUGCCACCAGCACAACAUCGUAGGGUGGCUUGCUCCUUUAGAGAUGAAUUGCUUCUUCAAAUAUUUCAAAUAUCCCUUACUUCGUUGUCACAGCUGAAGAAUGAUGCUGGCAGCAAGUUACAAGGACUGGCCAUUGCACUAUCGCUAAAGUGUUUAUCUUAUGAUUUCAUGGGGAUAACGGUUGAUGAAACCUCAGAAGAUCUUAGCAACAUUCAGAUACCAGCCGCGUGGAAACAAGUCAUUGAGGAUCCAUCAACUGUAAAAAUAUUCUUCGAGUACUAUGAAAUUAAUGAAUCUAACUUCUCAAAGGAGGUUUUGGAGUGUUUGGUCCGCCUUACUUCUAUUAGAAGAUCCCUCUUCACACAUGAUGCUGCUAGGAUGAAGUACUUGUCACUCUUGAUGACAGGAACUAGAGAUAUUCUGCAAACAGGCAGAGGGCUCACACACCAUGAUAAUUACCACGAGUUUUGUCGUCUUCUUGGACGUUUUAAAGUAAACUACCAGAUCCAAGAGCUUGUACAUGCUGAAUGCUAUGGUGAUUGGAUACGUCUAGUGGCCGAAUUUACUAUGAAAUCUAUACAGUCAUGGCAGUGGGCCAGCCGCAGUGUUUACUACCUCCUAGGGCUCUGGUCUAGAUUGGUGUCAUCUCUACCAUAUUUGAAGGGAGACACUCCAAGCUUACUUAAUGAGUUUGUACCCGAGAUUGCGAAGUGUUAUAUCACAUCAAGAUUCGAUUCUUUUCAGGCUGGACUUCCUGAUCCCUCAGAGAAUCCCCUUGAUAAUGUGGAACUUUUACAGGAUCAGCUUGAGUGUCUUCCUUACCUUUGUAGAUUUCAGUAUGAGAGCUGUAGCUUAUAUAUUACACAGAUUACAGAUCCACUUCUACAGUUGUAUAUGGAAGCAAGUGAACUCCAAGUCAUUUCUGCGGUCGAAACUAAACUGGCUUGGAUAGUGCAUAUAGUUGCAGCUAUUGUUAAGACAAAGCAACUUAGUAGUUACAGUGGGGAAUCACACGAAAUUCAUGAUGCUGAGCUUUCAGCACGUGUUCUUCGGCUGAUAAACAUUGCCGAUAGUGGAUUACACACUCAGAGAUAUACUGAACCAAGCAAACAGCGGCUUGACAAGUCUAUUCUCAUCUUCUUUCAAAACUUUAAAAGUUCAUAUGUUGGAGAUCAAGCAAUUCAUUCAUCAAAGCAGUUAUAUGCUAAAUUGUCUGAACUUCUUGGGCUUCAUGAUCAUAUGCUGAUCUUGAAUUUCAUUGUGGGAAAGAUUGCGACCAAUCUUAAAUGCUACUUUGAGGGUGAUGAAGUUGUUGACCAGAGUUUAAAUCUCAUGCUGGAAAUGGCUUCUGGAUAUAUGACUGCAAAGCUUCUUUUGAAGUUGGAUACUACUCAGUUAAUCAUCUCUAACCGUAAUAGGGAACAGUUCCCCUUUUUAAGGGAUCACAGGGGUUCUCGCUGCAGAACAACCUUUUAUUACAUUUUAGGUUUGUUGAUCUUCAUGGAAGAUAGCCUUAUGAAAUUUAAAGCAUCAAUGGAUCCACUUCUACAGGUUUUCCUGAGUUUGGAAUCAAUACCCGAUUCAUUAUUCCGCUCUGAUGAUGUGAAACAAGCUUUAAUUGGACUGAUGAGAGAUCUUAGAGGAAUUGCAAUGGCUACUAGUAGUCGAAGGACCUAUGCUUUCCUAUUUGAUUGGCUAUAUCCAGCACAUAUGCCCCUUAUCUUGAAAGCCAUCACUGUAUGGGCUGAUGCUCCCGAGGUCACAACACCAAUACUCAAAUUUGUUGCUGAGUUUGUUCUGAACAAGUCCCAACGCCUAUGUUUUGAAACAUCAUCUGCCAAUGGAAUACUACUUUUCAGGGAAGUUAGCAAAUUGAUUGUUGUGUAUGGGUCGAGAUUGCUUUCUCUUCCCAGUCAGGUGGAUGUGUAUCAGUUCAAGUACAAGGGGAUAUGGAUUUCCCUUACUAUUCUUGUAAGAGCCCUUUGUGGUGACUAUGUCAACUUUGGAGUAUUUGAGAUAUAUGGGGAUAGAGCACUUGCUGAUGCUUUAGAAACUGCUCUAAGGAUGGUUUUGUCUAUUCCGUUGACUGAUAUACUUGUAUACAGAAAGCUGGCAGCAGCCUACUUCACAUUUCUGGAGGCUCUUAUGAAAACACAGAUUUCGUUCAUUUUGAAUUUGGAUACAAACAACUUCAUUUUUAUUGCUGGAUCUCUGGAGUCCGGUCUUAAAGUACUGGAUGGAAAUAUCAAGACACAGUGUGCAUCUGCUGUGGACUAUUUGGCGACUUUCUAUUUUGAAUGCAUAACAUCUGGAGAGUCACCUUCAUCUCCAGUCACUCUCAAACUCGCUCAGCAUUUCUCAGAUUGCCCUAAUAUUUUUCUUGAAAUAUUGAAGACCCUCUUUGAGCUUGUAUUGUUUGAAGAUUGUGUCAACCAGUGGAGUCUAAGCCGACCAAUGCUGAGUUUAAUACUUAUAAGUGAUGAGAUGUUCUCUAAUUUGAGGGCUCAGAUUACGGCUUCACAACAAGUGGAUCAGCAGCAGCGCCUCUCCCUGUGCUUCGAUAAACUAAUGGCUGAUAUAACUCGAAGCUUGGAUCCGAAGAACAGGGAGAAGUUCUCUAGCAAUAUAGCCAGAUUCCGUAAUGAAUUCCGGACCAGAUGAAUGACUUCAAUCCCAUAGUCUGGUUGCCACAAUUUGUACAUGAUGAUCUUUUAAUCUGUGCUUCUUUUGCUGUCUUUGUAUGCCACAAAUAUCUGUAUAGUUAUGGAUUAGGGUUUUUGUAGUAGUAUGCCCUGCCCUUUCACUUUAAUCAACUUAUUUCAUGGAAUUUGCUGUGCCCAUUUUUAUAUUAUGGUAACAAAAAGUGGUGGGAGGGUAGCAGUGCACACGGUCUAGUUUCGGACCAGAGUGGUUUCCAAUCGGGGUGAAACUUGAAUAGACCGGUUUGAUCCUUCUCGGAGGAACCCGGAACCAGAUCUGAGCCUGACCAGCAUAAUCAAUGCUAGGCCCCAAUUCUUAUUUUAGAAUGGAAUCAUGGAUCAAUCACCCCUUUGAUUUCGGUGCAUAUAGUGAUGGUCCUAGUUUGGUUCAGAACUGGGACCGCUUGAUUCAUACUUUCCUAAUUGCUGAAGUGAAAGAGAGAUGCAAUAUUGGGUUGAUGCUUGGUUUGAUGGUGAUGUACAUGCCAAUUUGCCACUUGGCCGGAGCUGCUUGCCCAACCCACUCAUAAAAGCUCUGAAAUAAUUGGGAAUGCAGAGUCAAAGGAGAAGAUUAGGUAAACGUUCACUGACGCAGACAUUAAAAUAGUCUACGGUCAACACCUCCCCCCACUUCACUUUCAUCAUACCUACAAUUCUGUACAGGUGUUUGGACGGCAUUUCAUGAAUGGAUAGUUCAAACAAUGUCACAAACUAAAGCAAUGUCCUCUAGUAUCGAGACAGAAGAAUAAUAAUAUAAUAGUCUUUCAUUUUCUUUUUGUUGAAGUGUAUCACACAACUUUUUGUUCUGAAAAGUUCAACAAUUUUAUCAUUUCAUUUACGAGCGGUGCUUGCUGUAUAGCUUUGACCGUAUACACCUCCAUGUAUGGUCUUGUUUUAUCUGUGUAUAUAAACA